CUGCAGACGACACAAGACGAAAUACAGCUGCAGCAGCCUAAACAGUCGACAUUGCAAGAGAUGCACGCCAGUCUCUGGCAGCAUCUCGCCAUUAGGCCAUGUCAGCUAUGUAUGCGAAGACAGUACAGAACGGUAGCAGUCCUUCGAGCACCCGACAGCGCCCGAAAGAGCCAGCGACCAGAACAUAAUUACCAGACAAAUAGCGCAUACAAUUACCUCGUGGACGAAGACAAAGCUGCUGUAUUCGAUACAUUUCCUACAGUCACGGCAAAGUCUCUAGCGCAUCAUACGCAUCAGCCGAAACGGAUUAAAAUGCUGGCACGCGACUUUAUUGAUGAUUCGCUGUAUAACCCACAGUAUGGAUAUUUCUCAAAGCAAGCCAUCAUCCUACAAGCUGGUGGACCACAGGGAUUCGAAUUUGGAAGCUUCAGAGAUAAUGCUGCGUUUCAAGCUGCAUUGAGUGACAAGUAUGCUGAGUUUGAGGAGGCAGAGAGUGCGCCCCCUUCAACGGCGAGUGCGGGUCAACGCUUAAAUCGUCUGAGAGGAGAGGCACCCAAGCAAGUACGCCAACCGCCUUCAUCGCCGCGUCAGGUAUGGCAGACGCCCACGGAAAUGUUCAAGCCAUUCUAUGGCCAAGCUGUCGCGCGGUAUCUCUUGACACAGUACAAACUGACGCAUUUCCCGUACCGCGAUCUCGUGUUGUACGAAAUGGGUGCCGGUAAUGGAACACUGAUGAUCAACAUUCUCGACUACUUGCGCGACAAUGAGCCAGAGGUGUAUGAACGCACACGAUACAAAAUCAUUGAAAUCUCGACACAACUUGCAAAAAGGCAAAAGACAUCUUUGCUGCAUCAGACGGCAGAGAAGCAAGGACAUGGUGAUAAAGUGGAAAUCAUCAAUAAAAGCAUCUUUGACUGGGACACUGUCGUACCAGAGCCAUGCUUCUUUCUGGCGAUGGAGGUGUUUGAUAAUUUCGCACACGACGCGAUUCGGUACGACUUGCUGACUGGACAACCUUACCAAGCCUUGGUGGCGGUCGAUGAAGCGGGGGACUUUCAUGAGUUGCUUUCGCCCAAUAUCGACCCGCAUGCUCGACGCUACCUGAGAUUGCGAGACAAGUCCAGCCGGGCUUCAGCGACCCACCCGUCUUUAAAAGUGCCGCUGAAGUUGCGUCAACUACGCGCGAUGCUGCCGCUUGCACCAAAUUUGACAAGUCCAGAAUUCAUUCCUACAAGACUGAUGCAGUUUUUGGAUAUUUUGCUGGCAAAGUUCCCACAGCAUCGACUCCUUGCAAGUGAUUUCAGCUCACUUCCAGAUGCGAUGGAGGGUGUCAUUGCGCCCGUUGUGCAAACACGCUACAAGGGCUCCAUGGUCCCUUGCUCGACUUAUAUGGUGUUGCCGGGAUACUUUGACAUCAUGUUUCCGACUCGUUGGGAAGAGAUGAAUGCCAUGUACUCCGAGUUGAGCGGUGCACAAAGCUCGCGUGGUUACUUUCAUCAUGUGACACAUCAGCAGCCGCGACUUGCUGGUGCUGCUGGAUUGAAGGGAAAGGUAUACACGCAUGCUGCGUUCCUAGAAGAUUGGGGUGAUGUCGAGGCAACCACGACGCAGAGUGGUGAGAAUCCAAUGUUGGACUUCUAUCAGAAUGCAGCCUUCUUUGCGUCGUAGUUCAUAGCAAAUCAUCAACAUUGGG